CCUUUAACCGUCGGUAGGGAGCAGAGCAUGCGCAGAGAACCUUUGUCAGCCCUCGAUGCCGAGCACAGGACAGGAGAGGUCAUAGUUGCCCUAAGAGACGCUGUAGCCAAGAGCAGUAAAUGGGAGGGUGGGGCGCUUAUAAGGGUUUCCCUCUCUACGAAACAACACUCUUCGGCUGACAGAGUGAGGGAGACCAGGAAGGCGCGGGAAGUUUUGGCGGGAAGGAUUUGCAGCUACUCUCCUCAGCCUCAGAAGCCCUGAGGGAGCGGAGCCCGCCCCCUUCAAACCCCCGUGAAACCGGGAAAGGGGCGGGGCGACUGGGUGGGGGAGGGUCCGCUGUGACCGAAGGCGGCCCCGGAGGGAGUUUUUUCCCGGUCGGGGUUGCGCUUGAAGCCGGAGACCCAAUGGAAGCCCAGGAGUCUACCGUUCAGGCGGGGAGCGGCUGCUCCGAGGCUGAGCGCUGGCGCUUCCGCAACUGCAUCUCCCGGAAGGCCGAGGGGCCCCGGGCGCUUUGCAGUCGCCUGCACCGGCUGUGCCUGGGGUGGCUGCGGCCCGAGCGGAGCAGCAAAGCCGAGAUGCUGGACCUGGUGGUGCUGGAGCAGCUGCUGGCCCUGCUGCCCCCGGAGCUGUCGAGCUGGCUGAGGGAGUGCGGGGCGGAGAGCUGCGCCCAGGCGGUGGCCCUGGCCGAAGGCUGCCUCCUCGGCCCCGCAGCCGCCCCGGAGCCCGGAAAGGGGCGACAGUUGCAGGAGCCAUUCAUUGGGGAGAUCUCAGCAGAGCUCCAGCGAACAGGAGAUCGAUCCAGUCCUUCUAAAGAGCUUCUUUUCAGAAGGAUCCAAUUGGGGCCACCUUGCCAGAGUACUGCUCCCUUUGAGGAAGUGGCUGUGGAUUUCACAGAGGAGGAGUGGGCACUGCUGGAUUCUGGCCAGAAGGAUUUAUGCCGGGAAGUCAUGCUGGAGGUUUCUAAGAAUAUGGCUACUCUGGGCGAUGGGCUGGAGAAUGAGAAUGAUAAGCAGCCAGGGCUAAUGCAAGUGCAAACAGUAAAGCAUGAACUGGAAGAAAUGAUGUUUGGCCAUGAAAGGGGCCCACAAAUGCAAGUGAGAAGCCCCUCAGAAGAUGGAGAGGAGAUCUCCUUCAUUUCUCUCCCUAUUGAAAUCCAUGACUUCCUCACCCAACCAGGGAAGAGGAAAGGGAAAGAUGGCAAAAGAGAGCAAAGUGAAUUUGACUUAGAGGAAUGUGGCAGAAGCCAGAGCACAGGAAAAGAGUAUGUUACCAAACAGUAUGGAAAAUAUGUCGAUCAGUUCUUCUCUCUUGCUUUACAUACAAAACUCUAUGGGAAACACAAAGCACAUACCUUUGUAAAAUUUGGGAGGGAUUUCAUUUUGGGCAGAAAGAUAAAACUCUGCGUGAGGUGUGGAAAGAGCUUCAGUAGCAAGAGUAAUCUCAAUCGCCAUCAGAGGGUCCACACCGGUGAUAAACCACAUAAAUGCAUGGAGUGCGGAAAGCAGUUCAGUCAGAAAGGACACCUUACUCAUCACAGAAGGAUCCACACGGGAGAGAAACCAUAUACAUGCACAGAAUGCGGAAAGAGCUUUGCGCAAAAAGGACAACUUAGUUCUCAUAGAAGGAUCCACACAGGCGAGAGACUAUAUAAAUGCGUAGAGUGUGGAAAGAGGUUUAUUGAGAACAGAGAUAUUAUUUGCCGUGAAAGGAUCAAUACAGAGCGGAGUCAAUAUAGGUGCAUGGAGUGUGAAAAAAGCUUUACUGACAACUUUAUCCAUCAUGAAAUAAUCCACCCUAUAGAGACUCCCUACAAGUGCAUGUCAUGUGGAAAAGGAUUUACUCAGAAAGGACAUCUAACUCGCCAUGAACGAAUCCAUACAGGGGAGAGACCAUAUAAAUGCAGAGAAUGUGGAAAGAGCUUUGCUGAGGAAGGACGACUUAAUUCUCAUAAAAGGAUCCACACAGGUGAAAGACCAUACAAAUGCACAGAGUGUGAAAAGAGCUUCACUCAGAAAGAACAUCUUACUUGUCAUGAAAGGGUCCACACAGGAGAGAAACCUUAUAAGUGCACAGUGUGUGGAAAGGGCUUCAGUAGAAACUCUUAUCUGAACCGUCAUCAGAGGAUCCACACUGGUGAAAAACCAUAUGGUUGCAUGGAGUGUGGAAAAAGAUUCAUUGAGAAUAGAGAGCUAACUUCCCAUCAAAGGAUCCACACAGGAAACAGACCAUAUAAAUGUCUAGAGUGUGGAAAGAGCUUUUUUGGCAACAAAGAUCUUAUUCGUCACCAAAUGAUUCACAUAGGGGAUAAGCCGUUUAAAUGCCUGGAGUGCGGAAAGAGCUUUACUGAGAAAGGAAAACUUAUUUCUCAUAAAAGUAUCCAUUCAGGAGACAGACCAUAUAAAUGCCUGGAGUGUGGAAAGAGCUUUACUCAGAAAGGAAAACUGAAUUCUCAUAAAAGGAUCCACAUGGGGGAGGGACCAUAUAAAUGUAUGGUAUAUGAAGACAGCUUUAUGGACAACAAAGAUCUUAGUCACUACCAAAGGAUCCACACAGGAGUGAAUCCUUAUACAUGCAGUGAGGAUGAAAAAACCUUUUUAAUGACUACGGGACCUUUAUUUGUCAUGAAGACAUCCACGCAGGAGGAAAUUAUAAAUUCAUGGAAUGUGAAAUAAGCUUCAUUGAAAAUACAGGUGGUCCUCAACUUAUAACCACAAUUGAGCCCAAAAUUUCUGCUGUUGAGACAUUUGUUAAGUGAGUUUUGCCCCAUU